CGCCACCCGGACGUAUUUUGAAGUCACACGUCCAAGAUGGCGGCGCCCGCAGCGGCUAAAAUCUUCUCCUUUCAAGAUUACCGGGCGGUGCCAGACCCGGUUCUAGAAGUCAGCCCCGAAUGCCUGCAGCCGUCGCCGGUUCCGAUCGUCAUAGACAACGGCUCUUUCCAGACGCGGGCCGGCUGGGCCGGCGCCGGGGACGAGUUUUCCGCUCCUCGGCUCCAGUUCAAGUCCGUGGCGGCGCGCAGCCGCGGGGCGGCCCGCAGCGAGACCCAGAUCGGCAACGACAUCCCGAACCUGGAGCCGCUGCGGUGGCUGCUGAAGAGCCAGUUCGACCGCAACGUCGUGGUCAACUUUGAAAUCCAGGAGCUCAUGUUCGACUACAUCUUCAUGCACCUGGGAAUCGCCACCGAAGGUUGUGUGGAGCACCCCGUCGUGCUGACCGAGGCGCCUUGCAACCCCCUUCACUGUCGGCAGAUGAUGUCCGAGCUGCUGUUCGAGUGCUACGGCGUCCCGCGGGUGUCGUACGGGGUGGACAGCCUCUACAGCUUCUACUACAACAACGUCCAGCGCAGCCUCUCUGCCCCGCACACCGGCAUCGUGAUCUCCUCCGGCUACCACUGCUCGCACAUCCUCCCAGUCAUCAACGGCAGAGCAGCAGGUGUGAGGCUCACCAGGACCAGCACUGGGCACCACUGCCUUACAGGAAGGCCCUGGCGUGGCUCAGGUUGCUCAGCAGUGCGGGACGGUGCUUUAGGGCCCUUCAGAGUCGUUGUCGUGUUGGUGGAGUCCUGUACCUCUGUCCUGCAGACCCCUGAGCUGGAGCAGUCCAUGGAGGAGGGGGACGGUGUGGCUGAGCUCGAACCCGAGUUCAAUGAGGACCAGCCCGAAGCAGACAAGCCUGCUAAUCCUGCACAGCCUGUGUUUAACCUGGCAGAGUAUCACCAGCUGUUCGUAGGCACGGAGAGGCUGCGUGUGCCGGAGAUCCUGUUCCAGCCCUCCGUCAUCGGGGAGGAGCAGAUGGGCGUCAUGGAGACCCUGCAGUACAUCUUGGACAGGUGGCACCGGCGCUGUGCUAAACGAACCCCUCCGAAUCCCGGCUCAGGCGAAGAUGCGACGCAGUAUAGGGACAACGAGCCGGUGGCCUCCGGCGCAUUUUCCUGGAUUUUCGUCGGCCAGCCGGUGCCCCAAUCCCCGCCCCCCCACAGUCGUCUCGCCGGCCCCGCCCGGGAGGAGUGA